CCCGAGAUACCAAAUAUGGUGCGAGGUGCCUUUUCCUGUCACUACAAUCCCGGACCGCUGGCAGGCUCUCUUCUCCUGGUGUUGAGCCGGUGUGUGUGUGUGUGCGCGUGGUUGUGUGGGUGUGUGUGCGCGUGUGUGCGCGUGUGUGUGAGAGAGUGUGUGAGAGAGUGUGUGAGAGAGUGUGUGUAGUAUGAGUGUGUGAGUGUGCGCCGGUGUGUUAGAGCGCGGUAAACGCGCGCGGCAGCGACAUGACCAGAGUCUCGCGAGCGUGUCCGGUCAAUCAUGGAGCUUUUUAAGGCGCUGUUUUGGAUUUUAUUGCUGAAGCGAGUAAAUGAGUGUGUGUCUGAGGAAGUGGUGUUGCUGAAUUCGAAAGAAUCCCAGGCAGAACUGGGCUGGACUUCUUAUCCUGCGAAUGGAUGGGAGGAGAUCAGCGGCGUGGACGAGAAGUACAAACCGAUCCGCACGUACCAGGUGUGUAACGUGAUGGAGCCGAACCAGAACAACUGGCUGCGGACGGGGUGGAUCGGGCGGCGUGGAGGUCAGCGCAUCUUUGUGGAGCUGCAGUUCACGCUGCGUGACUGUAACAGCAUUCCAGGCGUAGCGGGUAGCUGCAAGGAGACCUUCAACCUGCUGUAUGCCGAGUGGGACCGGCCGCUGGGGGGCCACGAUGAUGACGAGGCACGCUACAGUAAAGUGGACACCAUCGCCGCUGAUGAGAGCUUCACGCAGGGUGACCUGGGCGAGAGGAAGAUGAAGCUGAACACGGAGGUGCGCGAGAUCGGCCCACUGACGCGCCGCGGUUUUCACCUGGCCUUCCAGGACGUGGGUGCGUGCGUGGCCAUCGUCUCUGUGCGUGUUUAUUACAAACGCUGCCGCGCCGCCGUGCAGAACCUCGCCAUCUUCCCCGACACGGUGGCCGAGGCCGCGUUCGCCACACUCGUGGAGGUCCGGGGCGUCUGCGUCAACAACUCAGAGCCAGAUGCCACCGACUCGCCUCCCAGGAUGCACUGCAGUGCCGAGGGGGAGUGGCUCGUGCCCAUCGGGAGGUGCAGCUGCAGCGCUGGCUAUGAGGAGGGACACAGCAGCUGUGAAGCAUGUCCACCGGGCACCUACAAGAUGUCGUCCCAGCAGCAGGAGUGUUUACCGUGUCCUGCUCACAGUGUGGCCGAGGACGAUGGCUCCGUUGUGUGCGUGUGUGAAGAGGGCCACUUUCGAACGCUGCUGGACUCCCCCUCGGCUCCGUGCACACGACCGCCCUCUCCUCCACGAGACUUGCUCUACACCCUCAAACAGUCCACCCUCAUUCUGGAAUGGGCCACUCCGACGGACACGGGCGGUCGUGGUGACGUGAGCUACAGCGUGGCAUGUCAGCGUUGCGUCUCUGGCCUGCGGGAACACUGCGAGCCGUGUGGCGCUAACGUCGGCUUCGUGCCUCAGCAGAGCGGCCUAAGCGGGUGUACGGUCACUGUGCUCAACCUGCUGCCCAACGCCAACUACACCUUUAGUGUGGAGGCCAGGAACGGCGUCUCUGAGCUGCUGCCCAACAAACGCUUCUACGCCCAGGUCAACAUCUCCACCAGCCUGCCAGCUUCCUCCCAGGUGAGUGAGUUGCGGGCGGAGAAGAUUGAGCAGCGCAGCGUGACUCUGGCAUGGAGAGAGUCCGCUAACCCCAACAGCAGCCGAACAGAAUAUGAGAUCAAAUACUACGAGAAGGAGCAGAAAGAUCAGAGUUACUCCACAGUGAAAACCGCAGCUACCAAAAUCAGUGUGAACAACCUGAAACCGGGCACCACCUAUGUCUUCCUCAUUCGCACAUGUUCCAGCCCCGCCCCUUCCUCUCUUUCCUCCUCCCCCUCUUCCUCCUCUUCCUCAUCACUCCUCUCAUCGUCUUCCUCUUCACCAUCAUCCUCAUCCUCUGUGCCUGCAGUUCCUCCCUCUCCACCUCCGCUGGACUACGGGGCCUUCAGUGCACCGCUCGAGCUGCAGACGCUCGGAGAGUUGGCCCUGGCAUCGAGUGAGCAGAGUCCGGUGGUGAUCCUGGUGGUGGUGUCAGUAGCUGCUCUCAUCAUGCUGCUGUCUCUUGGUGUAGGACUGCUCAUCUGGAGGAGACAUUGUGGCUACAGUAAAGCCAACCAGGAAGGAGAUGAGGAGCUUUACUUCCAGUUCAAGAUCCCGACCCGGAGGACGUACAUUGACCCAGAGACAUGUGAAGACCUACUGCAGGCUGUUCACACCUUCGCCAAAGAGCUCGACAACUCCAGCGUCAAGAUCGACAGGAUCGUUCACACGGGUGAUUUUGGUGAGGUGUGCCGUGGCUGCCUGAAGCUGCCCAGUAAGCGCGAGCUGCCGGUGGCCAUCAAGACGCUGCGGAGCGGUUGCUCAGAGAAACAGCGGCGCUCGUUCCUUUCUGAGGCGGGAAUCCUGGGUCAGUUCGACCAUGCCAACAUCAUCCGCCUCGAGGGGGUCAUCACCAGAGGUAAUACCAUGAUGAUUGUGAUGGAGUGUAUGGCCAAUGGUGCCCUGGAUUCUUUUCUACGGAAACAUGAAGGUCAGCUCAGCGUGCUCCAGCUGGUGGACUUGCUGAGCGCUGUGGCAUCAGGGAUGAAGUACCUGACUGAGAUGGGGUUCAUCCACCGGCGCCUCGCAGCCCACAAAGUGCUGAUCAACGGCAGCCUGGCGUGUAAAGUCUCCGGCUUCAGACCUUUACAGGAGGACAAGUUGGAGGCUGUUUACACCACACUGCACGGUGGGAAGAGUGUGGUGUUAUGGACGGCCCCUGAGGCGAUCCAGUACCGCAGAUACAGCUCUGCCUCCGAUGUCUGGAGCUUCGGCAUCGUCAUGUGGGAGGUGAUGUCUUUCGGCGAGAGGCCUUACUGGGACAUGGGCAGCCAAGACGUGAUCAAAGCAAUCGAGGACGGUUUCCGGUUGCCAGCUCCUCUGAACUGUCCCACGUCUCUGCACCAGUUGAUGCUGGACUGCUGGCAGAAGGAGAGGACGGAGAGGCCGAGCUUCACUCAGAUCCACAGCGCUCUCAGCAAAACCAUGCGCAGCCCAGACAACAUCGGCUCGUCCACGCUAACACACCGGACACUUGCCUCGUCCUCCAUCUCUCUGGCCGAGAGGACGAUGGCCGACAGGACGAUGGCCGACAGGACGCUGGUGGAAAGGACGCUGGCCGAAAGAACCCUUCCAUCAUUCCCUUCAUUAAGUUCUGUAGGCGAGUGGCUGGAGGCGGUGGAUAUGGGUCGCUACAAAGACAACUUCACCGCCGCAGGGUACUGUUACCUGGAGUCCGUCGCCCGCAUGAAUGUCCAGGACGUCCUCAGUCUAGGUAUCACCUCUGUGGAGCAUCAGAAGCAGCUGCUGUCGGCCAUUCAGACUCUCAGAGCACAAGUCAUCCAGAUGCAUGGCCGUGGAGUGCAAGUUUAACACACUCACACACACACACUCUCUCUCUCUCUCUCACACACACACACACACACACACACACACACGCAUACACACACACAUACACGCUCCAGACAGAGAGGACAUGAAGAGACACCACUGGACACCACUGUUCAUCCACCAAUAAACAAGGAGGAUGGAACCUAAGUUGGUCAUGUAACCUAAAAACUCCACCAUGACGGUGGAGAUAACGGAAAGGUUCGGUCCGCUCUCAUCACUUCAUCCCAAUCCGCCUACCAGUUCCACUGACCUGGGAACGGUGGCGUAACAUUACACGUGUUCUGUUUCACUCCAGGGCCUUGAGACUCUUUACUGACCUGAGAACAGCAUCAAUUCGCUAACUCCGACACUGACGUAGCCACAGCUCUUCCUCUACAGCAGAAACUUUCAGAUGGGGAUAUGGAGAACAAAUGGGAAUAUGAGACGAUCCAAAAUCGCAUUUUCUCACAUUUUGUGUGUGUGAACUUUAUUUAUGUGUCCUUCCAUCCACAGCUUCCUCUCCGUCUUAAUCCUAAAUUUCUUUGCUAUUGUCUUAUUUCCUGUUGUUGUUGUUGUUGUUAUUAUUAUUAUUAUUAUUAUUAUUAUUAUUAUUAUUAUUAUUAUGAGUCAUUUCUGCAUCCUCACUUUAACGGAUGAUGUUUACACUGUAAAAUUCAACCUCGACUCCCAUAUGGUGCGAUUCCUAUUUAAUAUUUAUUUAUUUAUUUAUUUAUUUAUUUAUUUCCAUAGAAUGUUUCUGAUAUGGACGUGAGGAUGUGAUCUUGCAUAAAUGUUACAUGAGGAAAAAUAAAAAUGCAGUUAUUUGAUUAUUUGAUCCUAAGUAGUUGUAUGCAUCAGGAAUGUAUAAAAUAAUUAUUUGUUUAUGUAUAUGCAGAUACAUUUACAUGUUAGAGCCCUAGACAGGUGAGUGUUCACUACUGCUAAAACCCUCUUCCAAAAGUAAGUGACCCCCACCACAAAACCAAAAAAACCCCAAACUUGGAUUGGAUUUAAAGCUUGUAUUCUUCCGGAUUCUUUUUGCUUUUCUGAUUAUAACAUUAAAUCUGGCUUCUAUGUUGUGUUUUUUUUUCCCCUGCCGUUAUUGUGGAAAAAAAGCUGGACUAUUUAAGCUAGCGAGCUAACGAUUAGAUAAAUAUUUGCUGAGAAAAUUAGCCAGCUUACUACCUAGCUAGUUUACUUAGCGAAUACUUUUUUGAGUAGCUUAAUGUUAACGUUGGUCAUUUUUCAUACGGUUACGCACAUGUAAUUGUGUCUCAAGACAUCAGUGUUUAUGUUCUUCAGUCAAAAUAUUUUUGAAAAAGAAAAAAGGUGCACGUUUUACGUCAUGGAGAGGAAUCACGAGCAUAACGCUGUCUACGUCUCUUAUAUGAAUAUUUACAUAGAAGAAAGCACUUAAAUUAUAAUUGUAACGUGCUACCAUUUAUAAAAUUGACUUUUUCCAUGUACGUGAGAAACGCGACAGUGUGAGCAGCUGAUUUCGAUCCAGCAGCCUCUUAAACACUGUUUUUCUGUACGUGUCCUUGUUUGUUCUGCUUCAGUAAAAGCUGGAAUGUGUGGUUUAUGAUGCGUACAAUACGAGCUUUCACUGUCCAUACACACACACACACACAUACACACACACACACACUCUUACUGAAUGUUCCCAGUUCCUCUGUUUGUGUGUACAUUUCAUUUCCCAUCAUGCUCUCUGUUUGAUACUGUAAAUAUGUACCUGAAAAUGCAAUCUAUUUUUAUAAUUUGUUUUCGAGAGACGACGUGUUGAAUAUGAUAAUCUUCUCACUGUGUUCGGUUGUUUGAAUUAGUAACUUAGCUCACAGCCUCGGUUAUUUGGAAUAAUCAGUGAUCAAUUUCUUUAGAGCAGCUUUUUUUUUCUCCUUGAUAAUUUUUACCUGUUAGACAAACAGAUGAUGGAUGUUGGAAUAUUGAAAUGUGUUAUUAAAAAAAA